GAAAUUUUUAUACAUAGCGGCGUACAAAUCGGCUUGGCAGUUCAGUGCGCGUACAAGUCUCGUGGGUAGCGGAUGCCAGCAAAGAUUUGGCAAAACUCGUUCGUUGCGACGCGUGCUUAGCAGAUUUUUAAAUUUCACAUCGAAGAGAUAUAUAUACUUCCAUAUAUAUAUAUUCAUAUAAAUUUGUAUUGUGGAAGCAGUUGGUUCGCAGACUUAUUUAAAAAUGGCAGACGUCAACGCAACGCAAAAGGUGGACUAUUGGAACUUUCUGUUCACCGAUCUGGCAGAUCCCCGCACCAAUGACUGGUUCCUGAUCAAGUCGCCCCUGCCCCUGCUGGGCAUCCUGGCUUUCUACUUAUUCUUCGUUCUUUACUGGGGACCCCGUUUCAUGAAAAACCGCAAACCCUUCAAGCUGGAGCGCACCCUCCUGGUCUACAACUUCUUCCAGGUGGCUCUGAGCGUGUGGAUGGUCUACGAGGGCGUCGUCAUCUGGCAGUACUACAGCUGGCGCUGCCAGCCGGUGGACUGGUCCAGAACCCCCAAGGCCUACCGUGAAGCCCGUGUCGUGUAUGUUUACUACCUGGCCAAGAUCACCGAGCUGCUGGACACGAUCUUCUUCGUACUGCGCAAGAACGACCGCCAGGUUACCUUCCUCCAUGUCUACCACCACACCGUGAUGCCCAUGAUCAGCUGGGGCACCAGCAAGUACUAUCCCGGCGGACACGGCACCUUCAUCGGCUGGAUUAACUCCUUUGUGCACAUCAUCAUGUACUCCUACUACUUCCUCUCCGCAUUUGGACCCCAGAUGCAGAAGUACCUGUGGUGGAAGAAGUACAUCACCAACCUGCAGAUGAUCCAGUUCUGCUGCGCCUUCAUCCACCAGACCCAGCUGCUGUACACCGAUUGUGGCUACCCCAGGUGGUCGGUUUGCUUCACCCUGCCCAACGCCGUCUUCUUCUACUUCCUGUUCAAUGACUUCUACCAGAAGUCCUACAAGAAGAAGCAGGCCGCUGCCAAGGCCAAUGCCCUGAUGGCGGACAACAACAAUGAUGGCUGCGCCAAGGACCUCAACAAGGCCAUUGAGUUGGACCACAAGCAGAAGCAGAAGGCCUUGUAGGCUGCCAGCCAGUUACCAUCCACCGAACUGUAUCACCACCCACCACCACCCCCCAACACACUCACACAAAGCCACACACAUCCCUUCAAUACUCGUGCAAAGCGAGGCACCCAUGCUCUAAGUGCAACUUUGUUGACUAAUUUCUUAAGUAAUCCUCCGCCAAAAAACUCAAAAAACACCGCAAAAAAACCACAAAAAUCAGAAAAAAUAGAAAAAGUUACGAAAUAGUUACAUUCUGAAGCAAAUUGAGUUUUCGAGACACAGAUACACAUAUUAUGUAAAUGUCCAAACAGUUGAAAUUGCUUUUUGCAGCCAUCGUCAUCAUCGCACGCUCCGUUUGAAGUUGGCAUUUUCGGACGGCGGACCCAAAUGAAAGAAGUCGUAUGUCUUUCGGCCAAAACUGAACUAAGUUAAGUUAAGUAAACAGGCAGAAGAAGCGUUUAGUUGUGUAAAUAAGUGUAGGUACGCAUAUGAAUAUGUUUUCUUUAGAUUUUAUAUACUCGUGGUAUGUAAAGUAGGCAUAAAAGAAGUGAAGCGAAAAGAGCUAACUAAAAAUAGUAAAUAGCAAAUAAUGAAACUAUAAAUGCAAACA